GCGGGGCUAAAACAAUGAUGAGGUAAUGGGGGUAAACAGUAAAAAUGGCGACGUCUGUAGCCAAAAACGAGCAACCGAGUCUAAACGGGAUUAUUUGCGAGCCCCAGACAAAAAAACUGACAGACCUGCCGACGGAGUUGCUCGAACAUAUUCUGUGCUCCCCUGUCCUCAAACAUGUCGACAUUUGUAACGUUUCCUGCGGCUGCAAACGGCUACACGACGUGUGCCAUGGAAGGGGAAAGGUCUGGGAACACCAGUACAAACUCAGAUGGCCAAGACUGCAGAGGUUUUACCGCCAGAACGAGAGCUGUGACUGGCUUCGGGAGUACAAAACACGCCACAGAGUUGGCAUACAGAUCCGGAGGACCGUGGAAUCCAUCUCAAAGAGAUUCUUCACAGAAGUCGUGCUGGGAGACAGCUUUGCGGAGAUCGAGUCACUCGGGAUGCCAGAGCACUUCUGUGAAGACGAGCUCCUCUUCAUACUCAACUCCAACAAGAGGAAAAGCUUGACUCUGAAAUACUAUGCAAAGAAAAUCCUCUACUUCCUGAGGCAGCAGAACAUCUUGAGGAGUCUGAAGAGCUUCUUGGAGCAGUCUGCAGGACAACAAUCAGCUCUAGAAGGUGCUGUGCUGGUGGAUCAGUACUGUAACCCACUGGCUGACGUCACACUGGAGGGCAUUUCGGCUCAAAUAGAUGAAAUUGCAGAAAAGGUGAAGAAGAUGCUGAGAAUCAAAAACCCAUCUCAUCCCAGCCUGCGCGUCGCCAACGGUGACUGCGUCAUAGAGGACUAUGAGCUCCAGAGGCAGCUGCUAGGUGCCCUGAACUCUGUUCUGUAUGAGCAGCUUCAGUACAAAGGCAACGAGUGUGACUACUACAACCCUCUUAAUUCUUACAUUCAUCAGGUGCUACUUCGGCGUACAGGGAUUCCCAUCAGCCUCUCGGUCCUCUACAUGACCCUGGCUCGGAAGCUGGGCAUCCAGCUGGAGCCCGUCAACUUUCCAAACCACUUUCUGCUGCGCUGGUGCCAAAAACAAAGAGGUGAAGGCAAUGAGAAAUCCUACCAGCUGCUGAGAGACUCUCUGGAUCUCUACCUCACCAUCAACCCUGAUAACGUGCAGUAUUUGCUGCUGCAGGCACGCCUCUACUUCCACCUGGGGAUCUGGCCAGAAAAGGUGUUGGACAUCCUGCAGCACAUUCAGGCGUUAGACCCCUCCCAGCACGGGGCGGUGGGUUACCUGGUGCAGCACACGCUGGAACACAUCCAGCACAAGAAGCAUCCGGUAACACCCGAGGUGAAGCGGCGAAGCGCUCCCGAACACCUGGAAGUCCAGUAUUCAGUCGGUCUUAUUAUGAAACACAAGCGGUCAGGGUAUAACUGUGUGAUUUACGGCUGGGACCCUAAAUGCACCAUGAGCCAGGAGUGGAUCACCACCAUGAGGGUCCACCAGUUGUCCAAUGGAGCCAACCAACCUUUCUACAACGUGCUGGUGCAGGACGGGACGUGUCGUUACGCAGCACAGGAGAACCUGGAGCCCCACUCGGCCCCGCUGGAGAUCGGGCACCCGGAGGUGGGUCGCUACUUCUCCGAGUUCACUGAAACCCACUACGUUGCCAACGAAGAGCUGCAGACACGAUACCCAGAGGACAUGGGGGAAACCCUGGGCACGGUGCGAGCGCUCUACGACAGAAUGGCUCCGGCCCCCGGGAGCCAAGACGAGGGUCCCGCUGCAGACCAAAACAGCCACCGAGCCACGUCCAUGUAGCGAGAAGUCCUGCCGAACCGGGUUGACCAAAAACAGAUCCUCCCACCCGUUCUCUUCUCACAACCAACUUAGCUGUCCCUUUGGUGUACAUGAAGACCAACAAGUAUUAGAGGUUCUUUUUUUGUUUGUUUGAAAGAAGAAAAAGUUGCUGAUUUCGCUUUAUGCAGAUCCCAAUAACACGAUGUAGUUGUUUUUCAAAAAAAUAGUUCAUUUGAAUCAUUCAUGCUUGUUUUUAAAAACCCUGCCUCAGAGGUGAGUUUUGGGUAAAAACAUUUAAAGCAACACAAAAUAAAAGGAAAGAUUAGAGGACGAGUAACCAGGUGCUGUAAAAAUCCCUCCUGCUUAAAAUCACAGAAUGCUUCCCAUAUGUCCCUGCAUCCAGCGCCAGUAAACCCAGUGCCACACGAAAUAUGAAGGAGACUUUCCACUCUUCAUCUUUUAACAGGUUCAUGCAAAGUCGAACUUUCACAUUCCUAGACAGUUAUUUUUUGUUCUGUACAUUCACAAAACAAAUCCAGAAACACAAAUAACUCAGAGCUAAAAGGAAACAAUAAAUCUUUAAACAUUUA